AUGGAGGACCCCAUUAACACACCUGCAGAGUAUGGAAAAAGUCACAAGUGGAUGAAAAGAAGUAUUUUUUGGAAUCUACCAUAUUGGAAAACUAACUUGAUCCGACAUAAUCUUGAUGUGUUGCACAUAGAGAAAAAUGUGUUUGAAAAUGUUUUCUAUACUGUGAUGAAUGUGAAAGGGAAGAGUAAAGAUAAUAUGAAGGCCAGGAAAGAUGUUGGAAUUCUUUGUGACCGUAAGGAGAUAGCAAUUCCUUCAAAUAGUAUAAGUCAGACUAUUCCAAAAGCAUUAUACACCUUAACCAAAGAUCAGAGGAGGGUUAUUUGUGAAUGGCUUCAUAACUUGAGGUUUCCCGAUGGUUAUGCUUCUAAUCUUGGAAAAUGUGUUGAUAUGAAUGCAUUGAAGAUAACCUGCAUGAAGAGUCACGACUGCCACACAAUAUGCUCUGCUAUGCUUGACAUUGAUAAACUAAUGGAGUUAGAGAAAAAGGUUGCGGUGAUUUUAUGCAACUUGGAGAAAAUAUUCCCUCCAUCUUUCUUUGAUUCUAUGGAGCAUCUCAUUAUCCAUUUGCCUUAUGAAGCUAGAAUUGGAGGGAUUAAUGAUGGUGCCUUUGAACCUUUCUCUAUAUUCAAUUACAUAGGUCGAAGUCAAGGUCGUCCAAAGAUUAGAUGGCUUUCUGAAAAUAAGUUGCAUGUGGCACAUACUUAUAUAUUACGAAAUUGUCCAGAAGUGCAACCAUAUUACAAGAUAUUUGUCAACUACCUACAAGGGAACUCUCUUGAUGCCAUCAAUAAGGCAAUUGAUAAGCAUUUUGCAAAGUGGUUUGAAAAUUUUGUGGCAAAUAAGGUCAAUCAAGUCAUUGAUCCUCUCUUGCAAAGCCUUGCUUGGGGUCCAUCUAUGAAAGUGACAACAUGGCCAGGAUACUUCAUCAAUGGUUAUAACUUUGAUAGUGUCACCCAUGGCAUUGAGAAAGCCACCAUGAAUAGUGGCAUAUGUGUACAAGGGUCCAAUGUUGAGGAGAUAUGCACUGAUUUCUAUGGUUUAUUGCAGGAUGUAGUCCAACUUGAGUACCAUGGUAAUAGAUGGAACCGUGUUGUCCUCUUCGAGUGUACAUGGUUUGAUCCAAUAAAUGGCACCAAGGUUAAUCCUUUAUAUAAAUUGGUUGAUGUUAAUCGGAAAAAAAUGUAUGCAAAGUAUGAUCCAUUUGUAUUGGCACAACAAGCCAUUCAAGUGAACUAUAUUGAGUAUCCUAGCAUGAAAAAGGAUAAGGUUGAUUGGUUAGCUGUGUGCAAGACAAAAGCUAAGAGAAUGGUUGAGGCAAGUUGGCCAGGCAAAGAUAGCACCGCAUAUCAAAUGGAGGAAAUUACAUCAAAUCCGGUUAUCAGUAUUAUACAAGAGAUUCCUUCUUUGGUUGAUCCAUAAGGCAAAAAACAAUUUGCUGAAUUAUCUGAACGGAUGCAAGAUAUUUCAGAAAGUGAAACUGAGGAAGAUGAAGAAGAUGAGCAGGAAGAUAAUGAAUAUGAAGAAAUUGAUGAUGAUGAUGAUGAUGAUGAUGAUGAUUUGGGAGAACAUGACUUUUAAUUAAUUACUAAAUAUCUU